CCGACGAAGCCUGGCCGUUCGCUCUUCAGUGCAGUACGCGGAGGCAGGGCGUUCGCUUCGUGAGUCCGUUCCGUGUAGGCGUCGUGCUGGGAGGGUUCUUGUUUUUCGAAGUGCGCGGAGAACAAAAGAACGGGAGAGUGUGUGGUGUUUCACGCGUGCCCCGCGCGUCAUGACGUCUGGCCUCGUCUGUGGUUCUUCGCCGUCGGCGGGAGAGGUCGACUCGUCCAGUGGCGGAAUCCAGGCGACGCCGAAGUGAUGCGCCGGAAACGCGACCAGGCGUAACUCUCGCUUGUUGUGGUUCCUUUCCCGCAAGACCGCGAGAUGCCCCGCCGCUAGCGCCAUGCUGCUGCCGCUCGCGUGGUGCCUGGCCGCCGUCCUGGCGUGGACGAACCGCGCGCUCGCCAUCUGCCCCACCAGCUGCAAGUGCGACGACGACACCCUGGUGGUGACCUGCGUGCAGGCCAACCUCGACGUCAUCCCCAUCACCUUGAACCCGUCCAUCCAGCGGCUGGUUCUGCGCGGCAACCGCGUCCGCACCGUCGACUCGGCCUUCCAGUUCUACAGCGAGCUCCAGUACGUGGACCUGUCGGACAACCAGCUCGUUUCCGUGCCGGCGCGCAGCUUCGACGCGCAGAGGAAACUGACGGAGCUGCACCUGCACCACAACAAGAUCUCGUUCGUGUCGAACCGCACCUUCUCCGGCCUGCGCGCGCUGACGGUGCUCAGCCUGCGGCGCAACUUCCUGGAGGAGUUCCCCGACCAGCUGUUCGCGUCGCUGUCGCGCCUGGAGGAGCUCGACCUGGGACAGAACAGGAUCUCGCGCGUCGACGCGCGCGCCUUCGCCGGGCUGGCCUCGCUCAAGAUCCUGUACCUGGACGACAACCAGCUGAAAGUCGUCCCCACGCCUGCCUUCGCGCUGCUCGGAGGGCUCGCCGAGUUGCACCUGGGGCUCAACGGCUUCGCGCGCCUGCCCGACGACGCGUUCGCCGGCCUCGCGAAGCUCGCCGUGCUCGACCUCAGCGGCGCCGGCCUCGUCAACGUGAGUGAGCACGCGUUCCGCGGCCUGCCGGCCUUGCGCUACCUGGGGCUCGCCGACAACAGGCUGUCUGCCGUGCCCACGAGGCAGCUGCAGGGGCUGGCGCGGCUCGAGGAGCUGUACCUGGGGCAGAACGACCUGGAGGCGCUCCCCGCAGGCGCGUUCCGCGGGCUAGCCAACCUGCGCAAGCUGGACGUGUCGGGCGCGCCCUUGCUGACCACCGUGGAGAGGGGCGCGCUGCAGGACAACCUGAACCUCGAGACGCUGGUGCUGAGCAGCAACAAGCGCCUGGCCGCCGUGGAAGAGGGCGCGCUGGAAGGGCUGCCCAACCUCCGGCACCUGGUGCUGCGCGACAACGCCUUCGCGUCGUUCCCCGAGACCCUGGCCGCGUGGCCCGAGCUGCGCAGGAUCGACCUGGCGGAGAACCCUCUGGAGUGCCGCUGCGGCCUGCUCUGGCUGCGGGACCUCCUGGCGCGGCGCAACGCCACCCAGGUGCUGUGCGCGGCGCCGCAGCACCUCAAGGACCGCUCCCUGCCGGCGCUGACGGACGACGAGCUCGGCUGCGCCUUGCACGACACCCGGCAGCAGGCCAUCAUCGGCGCGCUUUGCGGCUGCGCGGUCGCCGUUCUCGCGGCGCUGGGGUUCCUAGCGCACCGCCACCGCCGGCGCUUCCAGGCCGCCGUCAAGGACUACAAGUGGAACAACCGCGCCAUCAGCCGCAAGGAGCACGAGUACCAGAAGACCUUCUCCGACGAGGAGUACAUCUCGCGCGCCGCCCAGCCGCAGCCGCUCAAGCCGGUGCCCGUGACGGAGCUGUAGCUAGAGCUGUUCGCCGCCUCCAGCCCGUCGUCGCCCGGGGUGUUCUUCCUGCCCCACGGCGGCGGCGGCGAGGCGGCGGGGCGGCGGGCCGCCGCCUCCAACGGCCACCCUUGCGGCAAGUGCCGGCCCCUGGACCAGGGUCGCGAGGCGGUGUGCGCGGUGCGCUACCUGAACGGCCGGCAGUGAAGUCUCUCCGCCGCGAGCUCCCGAGUGCAAUCCGUGGUCGCCGAUCAUUCUUUUCCUUCCCCCUUAGCGUGGUGACACGCAGCGAGUGUAAGCCCGGACUCGUCCCGUGCGAAGGAGCAGGCCUCUUGGAGACACUCCUCGAGAGUGCUCGUGUAGGGUCGAGUGUUCUAGAAGACGCGUGUAGGAUCGAGUGUUCUAGAAGACGCGUGUAGGGUCGAGUGUUCUAGAAGACUCGCCGAGAGACGCGCAGAGAACUUGCGAAUCAUAGAAAUGCCUAACACUGGACAAGAAUUAACGUGAGCAACUGGUGCGUUUUAAAGAGAGUUUUUUUCUACAUUUCCUGUGCAUAACAAAAAAAAUAUAAAUAUAUAUAUAUUCUUUAGAUCAGUGUGGUACAGUGAACUUUCUCCAUCAUUCCCUAAUUAUUAUAAUAAUAUGAUUGUUAAUGAUUCAGCACGUAAUAAUGUAUAUUUCAUUGCUUUCCAAAGGAAGAGUAAUUAUACUUACUUGUGUUUAUAUAGUUGCGGGAGAUGAAAAAAAAAUUGAAUGCAAAAUAUUUUUUUAGACGUGUGAAUUAUUCUUUCAUAAGGUUGUGAUUUGUAGAAUUAUUUUUUUUGGCGAGUUUUUGACUGUUACCGAAUGCAAAUUCUGUUGUCAUAAUGACCUAGUCGAGUAUGAACUAAUGUUUGGCCAAUCCUAUUUUUUUUUUAUUUGCUCAUCAUUAUUUAACUGUCAUAGAUUUAUAUGAAAGCAUACUUUCAGGAAAUUGUAUAAAACCAUAGUAAAAUUUUAAAAACUCGACAAAACAAGACCUCCCAUACAAACUUAUGCCCCUUGAAAAAUUUAUUUAAAAAAAUGUAUUGACUGUCCAAUAAUCUUACUGCCUGUUUCUACCGUCUUAAUUUUUUUUUCACUUUCUAUCAAGCUUUGUAAAUACAAUAUUAAAAUAAAAUUCUAGCAAUCAUUUAAAAGGUCAAUAUUGCCUUGUUAGGUUUUUUUUAAUACAUACCAAGCACAGUUUAAUCGCACAAAUUAAAUUGAAAUCUUAGUUUAAGUGAUUUCUCUCGAAACUCCCAAUAUGUGUUGGUUUUUUUUUUCCUUCUGUCCUGUUAUAUAUUUCUGAUGUGUUAUAUUUCUAAACGUUUAAGGUUUAAAGUUUUUUUUAAUAAAUCUUUUUUUGUGUUAGUACUAAAUGUAAAAUUGAAUGUGUAUUCAUUUCUGAAACCUGACGAAAAAAGAUGGGUUUGCUGCUAGGAUAGUACUGCCAUAAAUCCUGUCAUUUGUGCUGUGCAUCGGGUACGUUAGUGUAUAUAUAUAUACAUACAUACACACACACAUACACACACACACACACACACACACAUAACGUUCCUUUGGGAUCAUGGACAUUGAGGUACGGGAAAUCAAACAGAACGAAACCCUCGAAUGCAAGCAGUCUGUGAUUUUUAACACUUGGUGACGGACUGAAGUUGAAUUAUAUAGAUGCUGUAACUUUCUUGCAAGCAAAUUGCAGUAAAUUAAAAAAAAAAAUACUUUUUUACAUUCACAGUGGUAAGUUUUCCUUAAACAGUUUUUUUUAGGGUUGUGCCUUUGAUGUUAGUAUGAAAUCUCAACUAGAUCAUUAUUGAACGUUGUCACCACAAAGAAGGCUUAUUUUUUUUAUAGUUUCCUAGUCAUGUAAUAACGGUGGUUAUCUAAAAAAAAAUGUAUUUAAGUACAUUUUGUUCAUCUUUGACCCUGAGUAAAACAUAUGGUUUAUGAAACCUAUUUUUAGAGAUAAAAAAAUUGUUCAGAGCCAAAGAAUGCUAUACAGUGUGAGGAAGUAGGCCUUUGUUUGUAACUUGAUGGUGUGUGAUGAUUUACCUUGAGAAUAGUUUUCAUUGUUUUUAAGUGACGUUCAUUGCUCUGUAUAAGAUAAUAUUGUACUAUAUGUAUACACUUGGAUUUGUUAGUGUUUCUAUGCACCGCUUGGUGCGAUAUCAAAGUACUUAUACUGCCUUGCCUUAAUUGAAAGCAAUACUCUUUAAACUGUAUUGAAGUGAGGUCUUUGUUCCGAUAUUGUGUUCGUUGUACCUGGAGGGAAGUAACAAGAUACAUUAUUUCAUAAAUUUUUCAUUUUGUUUUAGGGCUUGGUUUAGUGUGUAACGUGGUCUGGAAUUUUUUUUUGUGAGUAGUUUACUCUUAGUGCCCUGUUUAAAAAUAAUAUCUCAAAACUUUGAUUCAUCAAUGAGGUAAGAGUUUACAGUAUCUAAAAUCAAUAUUUAACUAUACAUCUCAGCAAAAAUCAGGACUUCGGUCUAAUUUCGAAAUGGAUAUUCGAACAUUGUUUUCUUUUAGGCCUAGUUUGUGCCCGUUUUUGUCAGGAAACGCGCAGUCGAAUUAACUAAAUAUUACUAUCUGGUAUUUUUUUUUAGAACUUCUGUAUUUAUCAGAUUGGUGGUGAUUAAGUUUAUUUGCAAUCUUACAUCUUUGCCUCAAACUAAAUUCUUGAUCUUACGGGUGGUUAUGAGUUGCAUUUUGUUGUAUGCUAUGACAAUGGAGCUGAAAUUUGAGGUUGUAUUGCCUACGUUAGGAAUAACUGUAGCGGCAUUUGGGAUUAUAAUUUCGUACUUAAUAGACAGGUUUUUUUUGCUAUCGAGCGAUAACGGGCAGAUAACUUGAAAAUGGCAUGCAUUUGUUUUUAUAAAUAAAAUAUACUUAUUGUACAGUACUGUUGUGAAAGUCAAUUCGUUCUUUCAUAACUUAUUUUUAAUUUUGGACGGUCAUUUACACAGAAAACAAAAAAAAAAAAACUUUGUUUCAAAUUGUAAAAUUGUAAAUGUUUCCAGUGCAAGAAUUCGAUUCUUUGGAGAUUCUUAGAAUUAUUUUAGCGUCCAAUUAAUUUGUUUUAUUAUUCCGUUAAGUUCACGCAUAUGUUCUGACAUCACAUGAUCUACCAAGAUCAAAAGAUUAAUGCAAAUUUUCAUUUUUCACUUUCACGAUGGAAAAAAAAUAUACAGGCAAGAGGAAGUAUGUCUUAUCAUAUACAAGUCUUGUCUCAGCCCCCAACCCUUGUGUGAAAUUUAAAACUGGAAACAUUUACAAGAUUUUAAAAACAUGGCCACUGCUCUUCUUUCUUGUAUUCUGUAUAUACGACCCUAUUUCUUCAAUAAAGUAUAAUUUCUUUUGUAUAUAACACAGAACUCUUCCUCAAGACAGUUGAAAACUUCAGAAUGAUAUUAAUAAAGAUUUUGACAAAGAAAAAAAA